AUGUUAUUUAAUCUUCUCACAGAAUCGACGCAUAUUUUUUUUUAUCUAUCUCAACAUGUUCAUAUCUAUCUCAGCCCGUUCAUAUCUAUCUAUCUAUCUAUCUAUCUAUCUAUCUAUCUAUCUAUCUAUCUAUCUAUCUAUCUAUUCUCCCUCUCAUCUGUUCAUAUCUAUCUAUCUAUCUAUCUAUCUAUCUAUCAGUACAGCAAACAGGAUAUGUUCAUAAUCUUUCUCCCUAUCUAUCUAUCUAUCUAUCUAUCUAUCUAUCUAUCUAUCUAUCUAUCUAUCUAUCUAUUUCAGCAUGUUCAUAUCUAUCUCAACCUGUUCAUAUCUAUCUAUCUAUCUAUCUAUCUAUCUAUCUAUCUAUCUAUUUCAGCAUGUUCAUAUCUAUCUCAACCUGUUCAUAUCUAUCUAUCUAUCUAUCUAUCUAUCUAUCUAUCUAUCUAUCUAUCUAUCUAUCUCAUGUUUAUAUCUAUCUCAACCUGUUCAUAUCUAUCUAUCUAUCUAUCUAUCUAUCUAUCUAUCUCAGCAUGUUCACAUCUAUCUCAUCCUGUUCAUAUCUAUCUAUCUAUCUAUCUAUCUAUCUAUCUAUCUAUCUAUCUAUCUAUCUAUCUAUCUAUGUUCAUAUUCAUUUUUUCUAGUUCCUUACUUUUUCAUUAUCUUUCUUUUCUUUCGAAUUCAUUCUAA